CCAAGUAGUUUGCACGACAAUGUUGUGUGUGUUGGAAUAGGCGUUUUGUUUAUUUUUUACACAGCGUAAAGUACGUACGGAAUUUGUGUUAUUUGCCUGUGGUUAAUUAUUUUCGUUUCUAUAAUUAAAAAUAUUGGUGUUCUAAAAGAUAAAAUAUUCGACGGUUUAAAUUAAUCUUUUAAAUUACUGUUGUUUUUUAUGCUAUCGAGAAUAAUGUGUAAAUAAUAAAUCAAACUCGAUUUUCAGCAACCACUUGGAUUAGUUUACAUCAUCGGCCCUCGUGGUAUUGCAUUCGGUGUUUAUAUUAAAAGUUAUAUUGCGGUUAUAAUCAGUUCGCGGAAUCAAGGAUGAGCUGAGGAGCACAAGUAGGAGUCUGUCACUUUUUAGUUUGACAAUCAUUUUGUAUUGGUCACCACUUAACUGUUUUCUAUUUGCACUCAUAUUCAGAAAAUAAAAAGAAUAUUUAACAAAAAAUAAACGUAAAUUAUUAGCACACCAUAAAGAACAUACUCGAACACUAGUCGAAUUAUGACAGUUACAUCCUCAGAUUUGUUCUCUCAUUACUCUGUUUUCAUUCGUUCGAUUUAUAAGUGAUCAGUCGCUAUCAUUUUUAUACGACACAAAGAAUCACGGUUUAUAUUUACUUCAAAAUAUUCACAGAAGUAUCAAGGAAUCUUUAUGGUUAAAUAAGAUGGGGUCUUAUUUUUUGUCAUUAUUAUUGUUUGUACUAAGUACUAAUGCAUUAUUGACAUUUUCACCAAACAUAAUACCAUCUUUGCCGAACACUAUUUUAAAUUCAAGUAAUCCAAAAUGUCAAAAAGACAGUAUAAGACUGCAAGAGAAUAUAAAAACCUCUACACUAUGGGCUCAACAAAUGUGGGAUGCAUCAGCAAAACAAGCGAUCGGCUUAUUGUCGGGCAAUAGAUAUCAAUUGGGAGACUUUGACGAAUGCUUACAAGUAGUCAGGCCUAUUAAAGCUCAAUAUUGUUUGAUAGAUAUUAAAAUUAAUGUUCCUCGAGAAUAUUCUCUAACGGAUCCUUAUACUAGAGAUUAUAAUCCAAUGCUUCCAGCGUGGCAUAAAUUGCACUAUGGUGGAGCAAGGUUUAAGCAGCGAUUAGAUAUGAUCAAAUGGGCUUUAUGUGUACCAAAAUCAUGCUCCCCCCUUGAAAUUCAAACAUACCUCCAAUCAUAUAUAAAAGAAAAUAACAUUAAUUCCAUUGAAAAAGUAUCAGUAAAUGAUAAAAUGUGCACCCAAGCUGAAAGACCAGGAGAUAACUACGACAAUUACGACAUGGCUUUUGUGUUACUGAUUUUAGUACUACUAUCACUAGUUAUGUUUUCAACGGUAUAUGAUUUUACGGUACACUCAAAACAACAAACUUGGCAGUGGAAUCAAGAAAGUCGUCGUGUUGAUUUACUUAUGUGUUUUUCCGGAAGACGAGCAAUGCAAAGCUUACAGCAGAGAACUUGUAUAAUAAGAGAUAUAGAUCUAACACCUCUUUGUGGUAUUUCAACCAUUUCUAUGGUAUUAAUUAUUAUUGGUCAUAGAUGGGGUUUUCGAUUACCUGGACCUUUGCAAAAUUAUGAAAUCAAUGAACAAGUUUUUUAUAAUUAUUUCAUAUCAAUUUUUACAUCACACAUGGAUUUAUUAGUGGAUACCUUUUUUGCCAUUAGUGGAACAUUGGCGAUUUUGAUUCUCCUUGAUCGCCUCGACACUUCAUUUGUACAUCCUUUUAAAGUAUUAGUUUUUAAAUACUUCAGGUUAACGCCAGUGUACGCUGUAGUUAUAUUUUUUUUUGCAACUCUCCAAUAUAAAAUGGACUCUGGUCCUCUAUGGGAAAAUUUCAUUGGGACAGACAAGGAUAAUUGCCGUAAAGUAUGGUGGCUUAAUCUCUUGUAUUUGAACAACUAUAUCGGAGUAGAUACAACUUGUGGCUUUCAUACAUGGUUCAUGCCUUGCGAAUUCCAUUUUACAAUCGUAGGAGUUAUGUUGGCUUUCAUCCUUCAUAAAAGUCCGAAAUUUGGUAUUUGUCUCACGUCCUUUAUUAUGGCAUUAUCAAUAGCUGUGCCUUUCACUCUAACUUAUAUUGGCCAGAAACCAGCAAACAUAGAAUUUAACAUGGAUUUUACAACAAAUCCUAUGAACAAUGAUUACUUUAUGUCAAUUUAUAUUAAAUCGCAUACAAGAGCUGGCCCAUAUAUCGUAGGUGCUAUAUUUGGUUAUUUGUUAUAUAAAAGAAAAAAAAGUUCACCUAAAUUAACAGCGGGAAACAGUUGGUUGUUAUUAAGUAUAUCAUCAUUAACAAUGAUGACUUCUUGGUUUAGUGGUGCUAUAAUUUACCACCCUUCUUAUGUUUACGAUCCCCUGCAAGCUGCUCUCUAUGGAUCAACUGUCCGAAGCCUUUGGGCUAUGGGAUUAGUUACUGCUCUUUAUGCCUUAAUAUUAGGACCACCAAAUUUUUUGAAAAAUACGUUAUCAUGGAAACCAUUUGCUGUACUAGCGCACUUGAACUUCAAUGCUUACAUGGUGAACACAAUACUACCUGUAGCUGAUACUGCAAGUAGAAGAACACCUGAUCACUUUAAUAUCAGAAGUUUUAUAUCUAAUUCUAUAUCAGAUACAAUAAUGUGCUUAAUAGCUGGUUUGUUCCUUUAUGUAUUUGUAGAAAGACCAUUCAGGCUUUUAAUUACUCAAUUAUUUUCUUCAAAACCAAGAAAAAUUCAAAAACGAGAAUGUGACUUAAAAGGAUCUGAAUUAGUAUACGAGUACAACAAAGUAUGAAUAGAAGUAGUAAAUAUGAUUAUAAAGACUUAUUUACAAGUUUAAUUUAUUUAUUUAAUCUUUUCAUUUUUAUUAUACUAUUUGUUUAGUUAUAAUACACUUUGUAUUAUUUAUACUUCGUCCAUAUUGGGCAUUUCUUGUAAAUCUAUUAUAAAAUAAAUAAAAUAAUUUGAUUUUUAUAGA